CCAACAAUUAGUUCUUAUAAUUUUUCUAUAUUUCGAGUAUACGGUUGAUUCCUUCACGAUAUAACUACUUUAACAUCUAAUAGUUUUAAACACACAUUAAUUAUUAUUAUUUUUUUUUUUUUAGAAAAAUGAAACACCGGCAACUAAAAUGUCAUCUAAAACUUUUAUUCUGUUCCACUAUGAUGUGCUUCACUCAAUUUCUCAUUGGAUGUUCAUAUUCAUUCUCAUCUACACUUUUAUCAGAACUUCGUGAACCUUCGUCAACAAUACAUUUGACUAUCGAAGAGGAGUCUUGGAUAACAAGUAUUACAGUACUUAUAUGUCCAAUUGGCUUACUUAUGAUUGGAAUACUAACGGAUAAAUUUGGUAGAAGAAAAACUGUUCAAAUUGUCUAUAUACCAAUGGCUUUAAGUUGGCUGAUAAUUACAUUUGCUAACUCUUAUACAACAAUAUUAAUUGGGAAAAUUAUACUUGGAAUCCCGUUUGGCGUGAGUACGUGCAUGUUUCUGUACAUUUCCGAAAUAACUCCGGCCAACCUGCGACCGCUGUACAUAACGUUGGUCACCAUGACCGUGGGCCUGGGCAUGAUGGUGGAAUGCAUAUUGGCCAUGUUCUUCCACUGGCAGAUCAUUUCCGGUAUCAUGUUGGUGAUGAGCGUGGCCAAUUUCUGCACGCUGUUCAUGGUGCCGGAACCGCCGAUGUGGCUCAGGUCCAAAGGCCGAACGGCCGAGGCGGACGAGGUGGACAAGUGGUUGGACUUGGGCCACGUGAUGGGCACCCCGGCAACGGCGGCACCGGCCACCACGGUGGACACGGCCGACGUGCCCGACACCGCGACGGUGGACGGUGACAAGAAGACGGCCGUCGCUCCGACGCCGUACUGGUCGCUGUUCUUGCGGCGCAACGUGUGGAUGCCGACGGCCAUCACGCUGACGUUCUUCGUCUGCCAGCAGGGUAGCGGCGUGUACGUGCUGCUGUUCUACUCGAUGGACGUGCUCCGGGACUGCAGAGUGCCGUGGGACAGCAACACCGUUUCGCUGUUCCUGUCCGUGGCCCGGCUAAUGGGCGGUGUGGGUUUCGCGGCCAUGCACCGGGUCGCGCGCCGGAAGCUCGUCAUGAUUUCCGGCGGAUGUAUGGCCGUGUCGCUGCUCGUCGUGGUCGCCUACAUGAGCGCGUUCACCGGCGUCCAGGACCCGCCGUUCGCGAUGACGCUCAUCAUCGCCUUUGUAAUGUUCAUGUUUUUCGCCCUGUUCGCCAUCCUGCCGAUGCCUUGGAUACUGUGUGGUGAGGUUUUUCCGAUGGAAGUUAAAGGUGUUAUGAAUGGAGUUGUUCAGACAUGUGGAUAUGUUAUGUGGUUUAUGAUUUGCAAAAUAUACCCAUCAAUGAUCUCAAGUUUAGGAGUGGAAAUCGUUUGGUCGAUAUUUGCUUUCUUCUGUAUAUUAAAUGUGCUAUUUGCCAUAUUUAUAAUGCCUGAAACUAAAGGGAAAACUCUAGCUGAAGUCUUACUAUAUUUCGAACCACAGAAACAAGUUAAGAAAAUCAAUUUUCCUUAAUAAUACGUUAAUAUAUUAUAUGAUUAAAAAAACUGAUUACAUUAUUUGUGAUCGUGUUUGACCAUCGAUACAUAUACGUAUAAAUCGUUUUAUUUUUAUAAUUUUAUUAUUAGUUCUACUAAUGUAUUAUUGUGUUGAUAAAAUGUUUGUCAAUAAUUUAGUUUUAAAUCAAUAUCCGUAACAUAAAGUUAUUCAAAUCUUAAUAGUAAAUCAGUUAUGGUGGCCUCCGAAACUGUUCAUGUACACUUUAUAUAAGAUUAUCAUUUAUCUUUGUAACUCAAUUUGUUUUAUAUCAUAAGCUCAUCCACGUGGUAUAUAAUUCGUAUGUAUUUUUACUUUUUUAUCAGUACCUAUUAUGUUUAUUCAAGAGAUGAUUUGUUUGUUUAUUAAUUUAACAAACAUGGUUUGAUAUAAAAUUCAGCGUUAAGAGUAUAACUUAAUUUCCUCUUUAUCUUCUAAUCUCAAUUACUUAAGCUAUAUCAAAUUCUUUAUUUAGACCUUAAAUUACCUUGUUAAUUAGCAGUUUAAAUUAAGAGCUUCAAAUACAAUUUUCUACUAAGACUGAGUUAUGUAUUUUACGGUCAAAGCCCAAUUAUUUUCGAUCGCAAUAAUUGAAUAGUUAUCGGGGUGUUUGGAUCUUGAGAAGAUUUUAUUUUUAGCUUUUUCAAUUUUCAUCAAACAUAUCAACUAUGAUAGUGAAAACAGUUAAACUGUAUAAACACACAUUGAAAUAAAAAUAUUCAUAUACCUAUUGUAAUAAAGGAUAAAAUUAAAUAUUUUAUUUAUAAUAUAUUAUGUAUUUUUUUUAAUAACAAUAAAAUGUAUAUACGUUUAUAAAUAAAAUAUUCAGAAUCAACAACAUAACUUGUUAAUGGUCUGAAUUUAUGAUAUACAAAUUAAAAUAUAAUUUUAUAUAUUUCAAUAAUGUACAUGAUAUAAAAAUCAUAGUUUAAGGUAAAUUUCUUAUUUAUUUUGUCGUUUUAAAUUGUACGCGACAAUACCAAAAAUGUUUAUUUAUUUUUUUAUGAAAUGUUGCUAAUUUCUUAUUAGAUAAUAAAUUGAUGUUAUUUGUCAUAUUUACUUAAUAAACUAUGCCUACCUCAUAGGCAUUUUUUAUCAUA